GGAGAUGACAGCGACUUGACGCAGGCGAGGCGAGGCGAGGCGAGGCGAGGCGCAGCGUCCUGAAAGUCAGCCGCCGGUGGCUUCCGUCCGUCCGUCCGUCCGUGCGUUCCUCCGCAGCUUUACCGUCUCCCGUCAACAGCCGCCUUGUUUGUAGUCACAAGCCAUGGCAUCAGCCAACGUCCCGCUGGAGAAUCAGCUGCACAGCGCCCAGAAAAACCUGCUCUUCCUCCAGCAGGACCACGCCAACACACUGAAGGGGCUGCAUGCAGAGAUCCGCCGACUACAGCAGCAAUGCACAGAUUUGACAUACGAGCUCACUGUGCGAAGCUCCGAUCCUUCCGACAUGGGUGAGGUGCGAUGCCGAGAGCUGCAAAGAAGGUGUGAAGAGCUGGAGGCAGAGCUGAAGAAGAAGGAGGAGGAAAACACGGAGCUGCUCAGGGAUCUGGAGCAGAAGAACGCCAUGAUCUUUGUUCUGGAAAACACCAUCAAGGAGAGGGAGAAGAAGUACCUGGAGGAGCUGAAGAUGAAGAGCCACAAACUGGCCGUGUUGUCGGGGGAACUGGAGCAGAGAGCGAGCACCAUCGCUUAUCUGACCUCACAGCUUCACGCCACUAAGAAGAAACUGCUGGCCGGCAGCUCAUCAGAGGCCAGCCCAAAUGUCAGCCCGGUCACGUCCUUCAAGCCCACGCCCCCUCCGCCCAAAGACAGGCAGCCUGAGACCCCACGCCGCCGCAUGAGGAAGAGCCUCUCCCAGCCCCUCCACCCCGAGCUGACAGAGGUGUACCGCCUCGGCCCGGACGGGAAGCGGGUGGUUCUGCGGGACACAGUGGACGCUAUGCCCGACCCCACACCCUUCCUGCAGGCUGGGAAAGAUUCUCCCGAGCUGCAGGUGCUGCGAGAAAGACCCGCCGUCAUCCCGCCCAUCGCCUCCGAACGCCCGCCCGUGCCUCCGCUGGGAGCCACGGCCAGCCCUCGCCACAGCCCGGCUCGGGACCGCCAGUACAGAGCCCACGUCGGAGUGGCCCACCGCAUCCCCCACGGAGCCCCUUCUUCGGCCCCGCCCCAGGCACAGCUGGAGACGCUAGCGGUGGAUCAGGUGAAGCAAGAAAAGGUGGUGAGGAAGCGUUCUGGAGCCGACAGGACAGUUUAAAAGCAUAACACUUGCACACAAAUAUUAUACAACACUGUGUAGCCCGCUUUAUAUGCAACACUGAACAUGACAUCUUCAUGCACAUUUGAAAAAGGACAACUGCCAAGCAUGCCAAAUGUUUCUUAUUUGCGGCAAGUGUUGUCUUUUACACGCAUCACGCUGUGCUGUGCUGUGCUGUGCUGUGCUGUGCGGCGCCUUCCUCAGCCAAAUAUCUGCAUCAGUCACACACAUCUCUAUACCCACCUUCCAAGAUGGCAUAGCACCACAUUCUACUUGCAACAUCACAAUAAGAACAAUACUGUACGUUGGUGAAAGAGACGUCCUUUAGCCUUUGCUGAGCUGGCAGCAGCACAUGUCAAGUCAUCAUCAUCAACAUGCAACAGAACAUGUCUCUGAGGAGAACAUGUUUCAGCAAAAUCAUCUUCUUUUUUUAAGCCACUGCUCUAAUAGGAUUUUGUGAUAAUAGUAAUUAUACUUUAUAAAGGCUGUACAUUUGUAAGGGAUUGUUUUUUUAAUUUAUUAGAGAAUACCACAACACCUCAGAUGGUAAUUACUGUCACUUUAUACCCUGCUUUUCACGUAACACUUGUCCUUCAAUAAUAAUCACACAAUAAAGCAAUGCUUUCUUGUUUGCCUAA